AUGCAGAAUCCAAAUGAAGAUACCGAAUGGAAUGAUGUCUUGCGAUCGAAGGGAAUUUUGCCUUCUAAAGAGAAAGAGGUAUCAGAAGAAGAAAUUGUUAAUAUGAUCGAACAAACAAUACAACAAAAACAAGCUCAAAAGGAUCAAAAACUGUCAGAAUUGGAUUUGGAUGGUCUGGAUGAAUUGGAAGAUUCUGAAGAUGAAGCAGUUUUGGAAGAAUAUAGAAGGAAGAGAAUAGCAGAACUGAAAAGGUUAUCUGAAAAGCCAAAAUUUGGAGAUAUAAGAGAAAUAUCUGGACAGGAUUAUAUCCAGGAAGUUAAUAAAGCUGGUGAAGGAAUAUGGGUGGUCCUGCAUCUUUAUAAACAGGGUAUCACUCAAUGUGCUCUGAUCAAUCAACAUAUGCGUCAAUUGGCAGCAAAAUUUCCAUACACUAAAUUCUUAAAGGCCAUUGCACAGACCUGCAUACCUAACUUCCCUGAAAAAAAUUUACCAAGCUUAUUUGUGUAUUUUGAGGGAGAUAUGAAGAAACAAUUUGUAGGUCCCCAUGAAUUAAGGGGGACAGCUCUCACAUGUGAUGAACUUGAAUACAUCUUAGGUGAAGUAGGCGCAGUGGACACCAAGAUAACCGAAGAUCCCAAGCCAAGAAUAAAGGACAAGUUGUUUACUGAUCUUGGAAAUAGUGACUGG